CGCCGGGCUGGGCGCACGCCCGUGCCCGGAGCCGUGCGGCGGCACUACCGUGCCCGGCGCUCCCGGCCGCCUCUCCGCGCCCUCGCCCGUGCGGCAGCGGCGCGUCGCCCCCUGGCAGCGGCGGCCGGAGCCGCGGCCGUGCCCGGGCGCCAUGGCUGACAGCGGAGAGCUCCCGGCGGCUCCGGCCGCGGCCCCUCCGGACUCGCCGGCGCAGAAGCGGCGGCCGAAGGGAUCACCCAGCGCGGGUGCGGCCGGGGCGGAGGGCGCGGCGGCGGCCAUGCCGCGGCUGCCGCUGAGCGGCCCGGGCGGGGCGGCGGGGAUGUCGCUGCCGCGGCUGGAGAAGCCGAUCAAGCAGGCCUUCUACAACACCGGGGCGCUGCUGUUCGCGGGGCUGUGCUGCGGCGCCGCCGUCCUGGUCUACUUCAUCCUGGAGGCCUUUCUGCGGCCGCUGCUCUGGGCUGUGCUCUGCGGCACCUUCCUGCACCCCUUCAAGAGCUCCCUGACGGCGCUGGGCCGCCGCUGGCUCAGCCGCCUGCACCGCUCCCGCACGCCCGUCCUGCUGGCCGCCCUCCUCCUCCCCAUCUGCUUCGCCAACUACGGGGUGGAGGCGCUGGGCGAGCAGGUGCUGCGGCGACGGCGGCUCUUGCUGCUCCUGGGCGCCGGGGGGCCGCUGCUCUACGGGCUCUACUGCCUGGGCAGCUCCCUGGGCGUGCAGGUACUGCUGGCCCAAGCCGCCCGCCUCAUCUGCCAGGGGCUGGACUACUUCAGCAGCCAGUGGAUAUGGACGCUGGUAGUUGGUUACCUGCUGAUGGUUUCAUUCAAGUGGAAUAUAAGCACUGAGCGUUACUUAAAAGCGGUCUCUGUCCCUGUCUGGAUUAUGCUGCUCUUUCACUUAGCUUCUGUGGCAGGUUCCUGGAGAAUUCCUGUGUUUCUGGUUAUAGUUGUUCUGAUGACUGUAGGCAUGUUGCACGAACAGCAAAAGGGAAAGGAGUCUUCUGGGGCAGAGCUUCGUGGUCAAAUGAUUUCCAUUGCUGCUUCAACAAUUGCCAUGGCAAUUUCAAUGACAGAAGAUGAGUCCAAUAAUGAACGUUCCUCACAACCCUCAGAACACCAGUGCAGACUUCUACAACAAGAGAAGAGUGUUUAUCCUGUGUAUGAGGCUGCAGAAUUUGUCACUGACUACUACUGUACACGAGCAACAGAAGGUGAUCAGUCUCCACAAGCUUCAUCAUCAUCUUUAUCCUCCUCUUCGUCCUCUUCUGGGAGCAGACAAAGACCUGAGAUUGGAGCUUUUCUUAGAAAAAAGAAAACUAGUGAUAUUUACUUUGUUACACUUGUGUGGGCCAUUGUCAUUGUCCAGAUCUGGCUGAAUUUCUGGAUUGUGCAGCUAUUGCCUGUGCCUUUUGCAGUUUGGGCACUUAAAAAACUCGUGGUUCAUUUUGGAGUUUUGAACUUCAUGGCAAACCAUUGCAAAAGUUGGUGGCAACUCGUUGAAAAUUUUGUGAAGGAACGUCAGGAAGCUCUUGCUCCACGGCCCAUCAGAGGGCUUGGAAGAGUCAUACUAAAGCUUGACAGUAAGCUGUGGCACUGGCUUAAUAAGAAGAUGAUCGUGUGGUUGGAGAAAAUGCUAGAUAAAAUAAUCAGCAUUUUCAUAAUAUUUUUGCUAGUGAUAGGAACCCUUCUGCUAGCCCUGCUACUUACUGCAAAGGUACAUCAAGAGAGCGUUCACAUGAUUCAAGUCACAAGCAGCUUGAUCAAUGAGACAGUAGCCAGUCACCCAGAAUGGGCAAACUGGCUUCCAGAGGCCCAGGUUAUUCAAAAGGCACUCAAUUCAGCAGCUAAUAAUGUAUACCAAUAUGGCCGAGAAUGGAUUACACAUAAGCUCCAUAAGAUUUUAGGAGAAAAAGUGAAUAACACCGCUGUGAUUGAAAAACAAGUGCUAGAGCUCUGGGACAGGCUUUAUCACUCUUGGUUUGUGAAGAAUGUAACACAUUCUGGAAGACACAAAGGACACAAAUGGCACAUAAAUCGACAAAACAGCUGGCUUGGUGAUAUUCUGGACUGGCAAGAUGUUGCAUCAUUUGUUCAUGAAAACAUUGAAACAUUUCUUUCGAUCCUGGAGUCGCUAUGGAUAGUGAUGAGUCGCAAUGUGAGCCUCUUGUUUACUACUGUUACAACACUAGUGACAAUCGUCUUCCAUAGUGGGACAGCUCUUCUCAAUUUUGUGCUUUCAGUGGUGAUUUUUCUGACAACACUCUUCUACCUGUUGAGUUCCAGUGAUGAGUACUACAAGCCAGUAAAGUGGGUGAUAAGCCUGACACCUUUGUCUCAGCCAGGUCCCUCCUCAAAUAUAGUUGGCCAAUCUGUAGAGGAAGCAAUAAGAGGUGUAUUUGAUGCUUCCCUCAAAAUGGCUGGGUUCUAUGGACUCUAUACUUGGCUGACUCACACUAUAUUUGGAAUUAACAUAGUCUUCAUACCAUCCGCAUUAGCAGCAAUCCUCGGAGCAGUGCCGUUUCUGGGGACAUACUGGGCAGCCAUCCCUGCAGUCCUAGAUCUGUGGCUUGUGCAAGGACAGGGAUGCAAAGCCAUUUUGCUCUUGGUUUUUCACCUCUUGCCAACCUAUUUUGUAGAUACAGCAAUUUAUUCAGAUAUAUCAGGAGGUGGUCAUCCUUACCUGACAGGUCUUGCGGUAGCUGGUGGAGCAUAUUACCUGGGGCUGGAAGGAGCCAUCAUAGGACCAAUUCUACUUUGUAUACUUGUGGUUGCUUCUAACAUAUAUAGUGCCAUGUUGGUGAGUCCAACAAGUUCAGUGCACACUCCAUCACAAACAGCGUGGCCGUUACAGAUUUACCGGUCGUCUAGAGAGAAUCUGGAGGAUAUUAAAAUGGCUGCAGAGUGAUGAAGCUGCUGUGCUGCACCUAUUCAACAUGAGAGAACUGCUGUCUUCUGUCUCGAGUUCACCACAGCCAUGGCCUUCUGUCCUUUUCCAGCUGUGCCUAGGGACAGCUCACCAGAAAGCAUAGCUUGGGUUUUAGGAGAAACCACUUCUCGAACAUCUGCUGGCCUUACGUUAUUGUGCACUUUGCCUCUUCAGGAGAGAAUGUCGACUUCCCUUGGCUUUGCAUACUAACACACAGUUCAGCUGCCUUCUUGAAGACAUUGAAGAUGUUCCGUCUUCAUAAAAAGAACGGUUAAGAGGACAAGUGUAUCCACUGGAGUUAUUAUUUACUGAAGUGACUGACUAGGCUUUUAUUUAUUGGGUUAUUUGUGUUAUUAAAUUGUAGUAGCUGUAAAGAAAGGUAAUUCUAAAAUAUUUAUUUCGAGUUGAUCUGGUGGCAAAAAAGGUGUACACCACUUAUUGUUAAAUGAAAGUAGAAUAUAAUUAUUUGCUGCUCCUCAAAGUAUGUCCUUUGGCCAUCAUCUGUAACUUUAAUAACGCCUAAAUAUUAUCCUCUUAUACACACUGAAAUUCAAUGUUGCUGGAGACCGGUAUUUCUAGUAUCUACCUGAAAGUAGCAGACAUGCAAAUCAUUAAAUGUGGGUUUUCCUCAUAUUUAAAUAGGAGGGCUUGUUUAAGUAGUUUAGAUCUUGUCCUCAUUUGCAGUGAAAUCUGGUUGUAUGUUGCUGUUUACCCACCAUCCCAGUGGAGUCAUCUUGUCAACUAAAUUUAAUCAAAGGCCUUAAGUGUUUUCAGGCAGAGGUAAUGUACGAUUGUCACGUCUGCUUCCAGUAACAGGAAGAAGUUAAAUGAGGAUUGUUUAAUGUUGGUUUUCAAAUGCUGUGGCUGGGUUCAGUUAACUUUUCAAACAAAUGCAAGUUUAUUUCCAAAGAGGAAGGGGAGAAAGCAUGGAUUUUGUUUUAGUUUAGUUUGUUGUUGUUUGGUUUUGUUGUUUCUGUUUUUCCUAUAAGCCUCUAGCCAAAUAUCUUAAUAGGGUAUAAGAUAUAUCUUAUAUAUUAAGAUAUAUUUGAAUAAUAAACAGAGUUCUUGAAUUCCUGAAAUGGUGCAUUGCCUAAGUCACAGCAUCAGACUCCUCUAGUGCUUUUCUUCCAUACAUAAUUUUGCUUAAAUUGCAGUUUUGGUGACAAUUAAGGCCUUUUGUAUUGAUUGUUGAAAUAUUUUGAGACAAUGGAUCUUUAUAAAUGGAUCCUUUUUAUAAAUAGGAAGUGUGGGGUUUUGGUAGAAAUUUCAUACUUGAACAGCUUUUCGACAAAUAUAGUGAGGCCCCAGGUACAAAGUAGCACGUGCACAUGCUUAACCAAAGAACCACCUUUCAGUUUCUAGUAACUUAUCUUGAAUUUAUAUCAGAGUUUGGUUGAUGAUGAGUUACACAAAAUACAGGCAUGCCUUCCAUUCGUUGUUGACAAUAAUGGAACUGUUGAAACAGUUCUUACCUAGAAAUAAUGAUAUCCAAGAUUUGUGUAGAAACAGCUCUCAGUAACUUGGAUGUUUGUUUUACUCAAGUUGCAGAAGUACUGGUAGAUUUGGAAGGCUUCUAUUUUCAUGAUAUUGCAUGUAUUUUUACAUUGUUUCUGAAACUACUUUGCCAUAGGAAGUGUUUGGAAGGUAUUCUGAUAUUUACUAAGCAAGAAAAUCCUGGUACAGGUUUGCGAUAAACAAGCUUUCUAUUAAGAGACAAAUAGCUGCCCCUCAGAUUCUGCCGUUUUAUUGAUGAAACUUUUUGCUUAAAUGGAGGGUUUCAAGCAUGCUGGUGUUGCACUUGUAAACUUGCAGGUAUGUAUUUGGAGGACAGACUCAGGCUUAAUUUGGUGGUUUGACUCAAGUUCAUUGAAAUACAGAAGCACCCCAUUCAAUAUUUUAAAUGCUGAAUAAUCUAUACAUCACUUACAGCUAACUGAAGGAUGUAUUGCUUGACUUAAGUAAAUGUCCUGUGUUUUAAUUUCUUUAGUUUUGUGGAUCACAUAAAAUGUUUAAUGAAACACAGUUUUGUAAUUGUUACUGGCUAGGGUAAAGUAUAACGAAGAACCUGAGGCUGUCCCUAAAUAUUCCCCCAACAUUCUAACCAGCCUGAACGAGACCACCAUGAUACUUGGGAAACUUCUGUAUUACAUUACCUUUUACUUCCGAAUUUUGCACUGAAAUGUUUUGUUCUCAUUGUAGCUUCUUGUAGUCAGCAUUUAAAGAAGAUUCCUAGUGAGAAAUACACAUCUUUAAGGUAUUUCCAGUUUUCCAUUGCUUAUCUUUACUCACUGCUCAUGACAUUUGUAUUGCCCACAUUUGCUGUCCCAGUUGUUUCUGAGACAAUCUUUCAGAUUCCUAUAGUACUCAACAUAGUCAUUUUAAAGAGUCAUUAUAAAGCGUUCUUUUGUUUUUUAAGUUUUUCUCUUCUCCAUCCCCAAUCACCCAGCCUUCUUAGACUGAAGAAUGGUCUCUGCUGGAAGAUUAAAAUGGCAUUUCAGACUCAGUUAUCUUCAAUAAUGGCAAAUCAGUAAAAUCAACUGAGAAGAUACGUUGCUAUUUUGAAAUGUUUCUUUCACAACGUGAAGAGAAAUAAUUUUGUGUAGAGAAUUCCUUUUUGAUGUAGUCUUGUUAGUUUACCCUGCUUUUAAAUGGAGUUUCAUAUUGAUGCUUCCUCUUUCAAAUUCAGUUAGGACUGGCUGUGAAGAACCGCCUGUAGUACAGUCUUUCCCAGUAAAUGUAGCUUGAGGAGCUCAUGUACAUGCCAUGUGUGAUUGAGGAACCAAUUGUGCGGUUCAGUGGUGGUAUAGUAACAGUGUACUGCCAAAAAGAAAAGAAAGAGAAGAACCAAAACCUCCACUAGUACCUUCUUAGAACAUGAAAUGUUCACCGAAUGUAUCCAUGUUUAAAAAAAUACCAACAAAACACCACCUUAUGGAAAAGCGUACCUUGAUUAUUAAUGGUUUGUCUUUAAUACCUAAUUACCUGUAGAAAUAGAAAAACUUGUCCAUGCGUAUUUAACAAUCUGCAUUAUUUUCUGAAAAGACUCAGCCUCUUUAAGAACAGUUUAGUUUAGAUUAAUCUCACACUAAUGUCAAAAUAAUGACGUCAUUUUGACUUCUGAGGUGCCAGUUCCUGGUUAUAUUGCCUCAUCUGCAGAAGCAAGUAGCAGCUCCAUGGGUGAAACUCUUCACACACCCUUUUCUGUAGUGGCAUUAAACUACAGUUUUCUUAGGAGAGACCAUCUUUUUCAUUAUGCUUGUAGGCAAGUCUUUAGCUUUACAGUCAUUCCAGGAGCAGGUAUUUACUUGUAUUUAGUACAUUUGGUAUUCAGUUUGAACAAAACCAGUUUAGAAUUCUGAAGGGAAUCCUUGUAGUAAAUGAAGACAAUGUGUUCUCAUGGUACUGUAAAAUAAAACUGUGCUGUUUUUUAUCAUUCUCUUCUAGUAAAUCAGGCUUGUUACAAGUAAGUGUAGUGCCAAAGGGCUGGUGAUAACUGGUUUUUGAACUGUUAGCCCUUCCUCCCCUGCUGUACCUUAACUGAACAUUACUGUGUAUAGCAGAGCUAGCAGAAGUGAACGUGUGCCACUUUACAGCCCAGCGUGUUAACUUCAGGUCACUGUAAAUACUGGCUUAAUUUAAUACAUGAAGCAACAAACUGCAAUGGGCAGGAAUCCGGCACACAUUUUGCCAGACUUACUACAAUAAGGUGACUUGCAGCACAGAUACACUGUGACCAGCUGGGAACAGUAAUGUCUUAGUUUGAAAGACUACCUUUUGUUUUUUCCUUUGUUUUUUUUUCCUUUUUUUUUUUUUUCUUUUUUCUAAUGUUAUAGUCAUACAUAUGAUACAUGUUUUUCAAAAAUUAAAUUGACACCCAUGUAUCUAACAAUGGAGACAGCAGUCAGAUAUUUCCAAGUGCAAUGGUAUGUAUUUGCAGCUCACCUAGGCUAUAUUCAGAUUUGUCUGAUUUCAGGGGCUAUGUGGCUUCUCUUCAAGACUUUGGGCAGGAAGAUAUACUUAUGUGUAUUUUGUUAGUAAUUAUUGGAUUAGGAAAUCCAUAAUCUGUUUAAAUAAAUAAAAUAAAAUAAGAAAAAGCAUUGUGUAGGGAAAAAUUGAUGCUACCAUGUGGGUAUCAGAUGUAUGAUACCAUGUGGUUCUCAGUGUGCCUUCUGAAAUAGGUGUAUGGCUGCAACAUCAAACAUUGUUUUACAGAAAGCCUGAAAAUACAAAACUGGAUAAAAUUGUUCCUCAGAAAAACGCAGGAGCAGAAUUGCUAUGCUGCUAAUCCCUAGUGCUGAUGACAGAAUACUGCAAAGAAUGUUGCCUUUCCUAGGGAUCUGAUAUACUAAUGAUGGGAAAAUGCCAUCAUUCUGCUGAGACUCGAUGGCUUUACAUCAGUGCUGGAAGAUGCUCCAACAAUUGCCUUUAUUCAAACAUUGUGUUCGUAUUAUAUUUGCUUUAGUGUGUCAGAGCAGAUGGUGCCACCUUUGUAGAUACUACCUCUGGAAACAGCUACAGUUUCCUCCAGAAGGUGCUGAAAGCUGUUGGGAUUGGAGUUAGUAUUCAUUAUAUUUGAUAAUAGAGGUAGCGUUCUUCUAGAGCUGCAGUUGUUUGCCUUGAAGUUUGCAAUUUUACAAGAGAAAAUUGGUUCCCAAGUUAAAUAAUCUUUGUUGAGUGACAGCUGGCAUCUCUUAAAUCUGUGGAUGCAUCAUCUUUAUAAACUGUAUCUUGUCUUGUAUUUCUAGUGGUUUAUUAUUAUUAUUAUUUCUUACACUUUUUUGGUGAUGCAUACUUUGGCAAUUCCCUUCUUAUUUUCAUUUCUACAAAACUAUAAUUGCCUAAAACUCCUUACACACAUUAGGGAAGCUUGAUCUUUAACCUGAUACUGUUUAUCUGUCACUUUUAGUAAAAUACCUUAAUGCUCUAUGGUAAAAUUUUCCAGAAUUGCUUUUAAAUGAUGAAAUUGGAAAUUUUUAAAAAACAAUUGUAACGUGGAAAAAUAACUUGGUAUUUUGAAACCAGAAACAAUGCCAGAAGUGAUGAGCAUAUUCAGGCAUUCUACAUUGGGUUCGUAAGUGUAUAUAUUGUUACGCAGUAUUAUUCAAAUAUGAGCGGUGUCUGUUGUAUUCAGCCUUUAACUGAAUUUUUUUUAAAAUUUUUUUUUUUAAGAUAUCUGAUAAGAAAAUAGUGCCUGUAUAUAAUGAAAACAAGCAACAUUUUCUAGGAUUAAUGUUUACCUGAUAAAAGUUGGAGAAGAGCCACGUAAAUACAGGUAGAGUGACUAGAAGUGUUUUGUUGUAGUUAAUAGGAAGUUGGGAAAAGCUGUUUUUGCAUUUGGUAAUGCAUUGCUAAGAGAUUACUGUUCCUGAAGGUAUUUGCACACAUUCACUGAAGAGCUGCCAAAAUUAAUAGGUCAUGAAUAUGUCUUCAGUUCCCCCAUCUCUUAACCUCUUCCACACCUCAUCUGGUGUCGUGGUUUGAAUCUGGUUUAGUACCUGAGAGUGUUGCUUCAUCCUCUUUUGAAAUCAGUUCCAGGACCUGAAGGGCAUGCUUGGAGUGCCCAUACUGAAAUGGUAGGUCCAAUUCAGGAAGGAAUUGCUAUUUGACAAGUAAAUGCAUCCUUGAUGUGCUCUGCUUAUGGGUGGACUUUGGCAAACAUAACUCGUGUUGAAUUAGAGGUUAUUCUUUGGAUAUAGCAUUAUGUAGCCACACCAAAGCUUGGUUGGAUAUGAAGCAGGGCAUAUUAGCUUGCAGCAGGAUGCAUUCACAAGCUAAUGAAGUCAGAGUGAGUGCUCUAGCAUCCGUGAAUGUAUCUGAAGAAUUUUCAGCAUGAUGCUUUUAAAGCAAAAAUGUUGAUUUCUUUUCCUGGCCAUACUCUUUGCCACUUGUUCAUUGUAUACAAUGAUCAGUGAGAACCUACAGUCAAAGUAAGUUUUUAUGGUAUUUGUGUAGAUUAAAUGUAAGAGGCAUCACAAAACUAAAUAGUAGUCACAGAACAAAAAGCUCAUUAAGCUUAAGAAUUGACAUCCAGGCCAUAAAGUUGGAGAAACAAAAUCCAAAUUUUUGCCUCCUUUCUGCCAGUCUCAUCCCCAAACUGAAGCUUUUUCAAGAAGUAUCAGUCAAAUAACAUUUUUGUGCUGUUUAUAACUUACUGGUUGUGUAGAUCAAUGUUUUCAGUUUCCAGUGUCAUCACUGGUAUAUUCUGCAAGCAUACAAUUUGUUCAGAUUGUUAAAAUUUUCUAUGCUUCAGUGAUGGUUGGAAACCAACUUUUUAUACUAAUAGUUACCUGUUUACCUGUAUGUGUUAACUAGUGUUUGAUGUUUUGGUUGGAAGACCAGGGAAGUUGUUUUUUUCCCUUUGGUAGAUUUCACCAAACCAAAUCCAAAGGAAUUUUUGACAUCAGGUCCUAAGCCUGGCCAGACCCCACUCGAACCGCACAGCGGAUGUUUUGUGUUACAGAGCAUGGGUUGUUCUGAAGCGCGCAUUCCUACCCAGAACCUGUGGGGAUUUGGAGCAAUAACUUCUAUUGUCUGUUGACACAGAUUUUGUCUGUAAAUGUACGUGUGAUACAUCUUCAGAAUGGAACUAUGUUCAAAACUAAUGUUACCAUAAUUGGGCUUGGUACAGUACCUGGUUUUGCAUGUGUAAUAUUGAAAAUAUAACCCUUGUGUCUAUCUGUGGCAGAACAAAACGUGAGUUAAGGUCGAGAAGUACUCAUGCAGACUGCAGAGGUAUUUAAACUACAUAAUUUUGAUUGUAUGCACAAGUCCUCUUCCUAAUAAAAAAGGUUUUUUGUAGCAGGUUUAAGAAGCUUUUAACUUAAUAUUGUAUUCACACUGCAGUCCUUUGUAAGCACAGAACGGUUAAUAUAUUUUGAAAUAAAAAGCUGUUAAUGUAAAGAAAA